AUCCCAGGGUCACCUUUUGCUUCCAUAGAACAAAGGAGCGGCUUGGCUUUAAUGGAAAUGACGAUUAACUCAUCAGAGCAACUGAGGCACGCCAGUCAAUCAUCUGAAUUAAAGCGAUGCACAACGCGAUGCAGUUGCUCUACAUAUGCAUUGCUGGUUACGUCCUAAGUGCGCUGGUACAAGCUGCCCCCACCAGCGAGGAAGAUCUCCAACAGGACACGCCCUACAUGAAGGAAUUACUGCGUCAGGCCAAGACUGCUGAAAUCGAGAGCUUUAUGGACCAGAAGGCGGAUCCAUGCAACGAUUUCUACGCAUUCUCCUGUGGCAACUAUGAUCGCAUCAACUCGGCUUCGAGCAUGCAGGUGGUCACUACUGGAGUAUUCGAGACUUUGACCAAAGGUCUCAACCGAAAGAUCCUGAAGAUGCUCAACACACCCCACGAUUCCCGCGACACUCCGGAGGACAUUCAAGUGAAGCACUUCUACGAGUCCUGUCUCCGGAUCAAGGAGCUCAAGUCGACCUACAGCGAAAAGCUGAAGCGGCUCAUUGCCGAAUUUGGAACGAUGCCGGUGCUCGAGGGAUCCUCCUGGCAGGAGGACGACUUCGACUGGCUGGGGACUAGUGCUCGCAUGUCCUACCAAUACGGCGUCACUCCCAUUUUCGGCAUUGAGGUAAACAAGGAUUUCGCCAGCAAUACCCGGAACCGGAUAUACCUGGGUCAGCAAAACUUCCCGCUGGAGGCACGGUCCAUGUACGUCGACGAAGCAACGGAAGUGUAUCGUCAGAAAUACCGUAAUAAUAUCCAGCGCACCUUGCAGCGUUUUCUGGGUGUGAAGAUGGAUCUGGCCAAAAAAACGGCAAGGGAACUGUUGGAUUUUGAGGUGGACUUGGCUCAAGGACUGGUGGACGAGAGCGAAGGACAAGAUUUGAGUGAUGUGGCCCAUUUAGUCACAGUGGACGACAUCCAAAAGAGGUACUCCCCCACCUUGGACAUCAAGCGAUUUCUUUUUGUGGCCAUGGGAGAGCGCAUUUCCGAUCAGAUCUACGAAUACAACACGCGUUAUCAGCAAAAUUUGGUCGAAGUCAUCAAGCGAACGCCCAAGCGCAUUGUGGCCAACUAUAUAUUCUUCCACUUCAUCUGGGAGUUUGUGGAGAUACCAUCCGAGAAUCCGGAGAAGCAGAAGCAGGCCUGUGUGGAUCUUACCAAGAAGUACUUCGCCAAGAAUCUGGACAACAUGUUCUACCGUCGCUACAACAACGCGAAAUCCUCCAAAGAAAUCGAAAGCAUGUGGCGUCAACUGAAGUCUACCUUUAACGAGACCCUACAUUCCAGUCCCGCUUUGGAUUGGAUCGAGCGACCCACCCGAAAUCUUGCUAUUGCGAAGUUACAGGCAAUGACGCUGGAGGUCAACAAUUACUCCGAGGAUAACUUCACCGAGGAGUUUGCGGAACUCAAUCUGCAAAGUGAUGACUACGUGGAGAACGUGCGAUAUACAAGCAUACUCAGUGCCAAACAGAUGCGGGAGAUGCUUCACCAGCCUGCCAAACCGUUUGAGGCGGGCUCCCAACUAAGUUACACCCCGGCCAACGUCCUGAUAGAGAACACCAUCAAGGUUCCAGUUGCCCUGCUACAGCCCUUCUACCUUUGGUCCGAUGUCUACCCCAAUGCGGUUAUGUUCGGAACCCUGGCCUCGCUAAUUGGACACGAGUUAAUCCACGGAUUCGAUGACAGCGGACGAAAGUUUGAUGAAAAGGGAAACGCAAAGGAUUGGUGGGAUGAGAAGUCCAGCAGCAACUUCCUGAAACGAAGGGAAUGCUUCACCAAGCAGUAUGGUCAGUAUGUGUACGAUGGAAUCCAGCUGAAGGAGUCAACCGCGCAGUCGGAGAACAUUGCGGAUAAUGGGGGAACAAGGCUGGCCUACGCAGCCUACCGGAAAUGGUUCGAGUCCCAAAUGACAAAUGGAACGAGUGGCAGUCAGGCACUGGCCGAGGAGACCCUGCCCAGUUUGCGAUUCUCCGCCAACCAGCUGUUCUUCAUCAGCUAUGCGCAGAUCUGGUGCAACGAUGCACAUCCCAGUGUGAAGGCCCUUCAGGUAUCAACGGACCAGCACAUGCCAGGAAAGUUCCGCGUUAUUGGAUCCUUAUCGAACUUCGAGGAGUUCUCCAAAGAGUUCAACUGCCCAGCCGGGUCCGCCAUGAAUCCUAGUGAGAAAUGCAUAUUGUACUAGUUAGAUGGUUCCAGAAUGGCAUUCCUAAACUUGAUCAAUAUUAAGGAACUUAAGGAACAAAACAAUUUAAAUAUUUAAUGCCAAUGAAUUUGCAUCCCAUUUAGAUUUGCUAUGCUUUAAGCAGUAAAAAAAACUUAAUUCUGAGGGUAUUUAAAUUAUAGUUUGAAGUAAACGCAAAUAGAUUUUGUUGACUUGGUCAAGACAUAAAUAACAUAAAAUCUGUGAAACAGAUCAAAUAUAGUAUUUAUAAUUAUAGUAAUAAGUUACUAAUGGAACCGAUCAUAAAUACCCAUUUUCUGCUGUGGGUGAAUGCUA